CUGGAGAGCAAAUUGCAAAUUUCGGUGGUUGGGAGAUUCAACAAAGCUAUACAUCUAUCAAUUCUCAAGAAAUUCCUCCUAAACUUGGGGUUUGGGCCGUUCAGAAUUAGAAGAAUCAACGCAAGGGACAACUUAUUUACUUUCAGGGAAGAAGAAGAUUACAUCAGAUUCUUACAAAAGAGAAAGUGGUAUGUAUACGAUAGUUCCUUCUAUGUUUUUAAAUGGACUAGGGACUACAGCCCCAAGUCAGAAUCCCCAAUAUUCCCUGUUUGGGUUACUCUGGAUAUGCUGCCCCUUCACCUCAUUGACUACCAGGCCCUUUUCUCCAUAGCUACUCUAUUGGGUAGACCUGUUAAAGUAGAUGAUUACACAAUUAAUAGGGAUAGAAGGGAGGGAGCCAGAAUAUGCAUUGAAAUGGAUAUCUCUGAACCAGCCCCUACCAAGCUGCACAUCAGGAUGGGUGGUNUCCUUCUAUGUUUUUAAAUGGACUAGGGACUACAGCCCCAAGUCAGAAUCCCCAAUAUUCCCUGUUUGGGUUACUCUGGAUAUGCUGCCCCUUCACCUCAUUGACUACCAGGCCCUUUUCUCCAUAGCUACUCUAUUGGGUAGACCUGUUAAAGUAGAUGAUUACACAAUUAAUAGGGAUAGAAGGGAGGGAGCCAGAAUAUGCAUUGAAAUGGAUAUCUCUGAACCAGCCCCUACCAAGCUGCACAUCAGGAUGGGUGGUAAGGAUAUCUACACCAACUGUAAAUAUGAGGAGAAACCUAGCUAUUGCCAGAAGUGUCAAUCCAUGGGUCAUGCGGAAACCCAGCACAGCCAUCAACAAGUUGCACAACCCACCGGAAAAGUUCCCUCCGGCAAGGGUCCAGGGGGCAGCUGCAAGGAGACAGAAGCAUCAUGGCAAAUGGUCAAAAGAAAGAAGACAAAUGGGAAACAGAAGGUACAACUCCAUAAGAAAUUAGUGGAAUAUGGGCCCAAGAAGUUUGAAUGGAAAAUCAAAUUCUCUGAACCCCAAUUCAAUAAAUUCGCCCCACUGAACUUGAUGGACCUCUCUGUCAAUCAGUUGGGAACCAACACAAAAAACCACUUGCCAUGUUGUGAGCUAGAGACUACAAUUAGACAGCUACUGGACCUGCAGCCUUUAACAAACAAUGAACACUCUGGCAAUAGCCUUUCCUCUUUUCCCUCUCUAAAGGAAGCCAAAGAGUACAUCAACAAAUCAGAAGCCCAAACAAAGGAAAAGUUACAAGAAGCUACCAUAGAAAAGAAGACCAAGUCAAAUGGGGAUACCUGCAGGUUCUCACUAGAUGACUGUCUAUACAACCAUUCCCCUGAAAAGGGACUUGCAAUGCUUGUGGAUGAACUACAACUUCCCAGCCAAACAGAAGAUGAAGAAACACUUAAGGAGAUAGGCAGACACUCAGAUGAUGAUGACACUGAAGAUGUCAUUGAUUCAUCAGAGCUUAAGCCACAACAUUUUAAGAUCCCUGCAAAAAAUGCAACUCCAAUUUCAGCACCUAGGAAGAAAAAAAGCAAGAAAGAGGUUGAUGCCUCCCAGAUUGGGGAUGAUUUCAGUCUGUAUAAUAUGAAGGAGGACACCCAAUGGGUAAACUGUGACUUAAUAGACACAUCCACUAAGGAAUCCUACAGAGUAACCACUGUUUAUGGGAAGCAUAAAGGUGCUGAAAGAAGAGACCUGUGGGCUGGAUUGGUCAACCUUAUACCAUCUUGCAAGUGGAUUGUUGGGGGUGACUUCAAUAUAACCACAGCUUGCUCAGAACACAGUGGCAGAAACAUACCUAGACACAUUGACAUGGAGGAGUUCAAAGAUUGCCUAGACUCUUGUGGUCUGGUUACCCCCCAUACUGUUGGAUCUGUUUUCACAUGGUCCGGUAACAGAAGCAACGGUCGGGUCAUGAGGAGACUGGAUAGGGCUUUGGUAAACAAUUUCAUGAUGGAAGAUUUCGAGGACAUUUGCAUCAAACACCUUAGCAAAACCUCUUCAGACCACAAGCCUGUCCUCCUUAUAUGUUCUAAGGCACCUCUGGGGGGACCUAAACCCUUCAGAUUUCUAGAUGCAUGGUUAAACCACCCCACUUUUCUCAAGAUGGUCUCUAACUAUUGGGAUAAAACCAGCAAUCAUGGUGGAAUGGCAGGUCUGGUCAUGAAGCUUAAAGGGCUUAAAGGCCAAAUGAAGGAGUGGAACUCAAACACCUUUGGCAAUAUUAUUAACAAGUUGAAGGAGGCUGAACAGGCAACAAUCCAAGCUCAGGAGAACUAUGAGAGGGAACCUAGUUCAGAGAAUAGAGAGCAAGAAAACAAAACCAAAGCUCAGCUGAUCGUUGCCACAAACAAUGAGCUCAAUUUUUGGAAGCAGAAAGCAAAUAGGAAAGACGUCUCUAUGGAUCCAGUUCUUGAUCAUCUAGAGGUUACCAUAACUGAACACGAUAAUACCAAGCUCAGCAAAAUCCCAACACCUGAGGAAAUUAAAGAACAGGCCUGCUGGCAUAUAAUCAAAGAAGAUGUUAUAAGUGCUACCCAAGAGUUCUUCAUUGGGAUACCUAUACCAAAGAGCUAUGGAAGCACCUUCCUCACACUCAUUCCUAAAACAGACAACCCUACAAGCUUUGGGGAGUAUAGGCCUAUAUCACUCUCAUCCUUCAUGAGCAAGAUCAAUACAAGAAUUCUGGCAGACAGACUACAGAAUCUACUUCCAAAGUUCAUCUCCUCUGAACAGACAGGAUUUCAAAGGGGGAUGGGUGUGGAUGAACAGAUCCUCUUGGUAGAAGAAAUGGUCCACAAGAUUGAUUCAAAGAUUAGAGGUGGAAAUGUCAUCCUAAAGCUAGAUAUGGCUAAAGCUUUCGACAACAUGGAGUGGUCCUAUAUACAAGGGGUGCUCAACAAACUAGGGUUUUCAGAUCAUAAUCAGAAGCUGCUCAUGGCUAACCUUAAAGAUACUUUCAUUUCAAUUAUGAUCAACGGGAGCCCUUAAGGAUAUUUCCCUAUGAAGAGAGGUGUUAAGCAGGGAGACCCACUGUCCCCCCUGUUAUUUAUCAUUGCUUCUGAGGGCCUGUCCAAAAUGCUUAACAAAAGUAUGGCAUCCUCUAAAAUACUAAAUUACAACACUGGUAGGGACCUACUAGUCAACCAUUUAGCCUUUGCAGAUGAUGUAAUCAUAUUUAGCAAUGGAAACACAAACAAUCUGUUGAAACUGAGAACUCUCCUUAGGGCCUAUCUGAAUGCUUCUGGUCAGGAAAUCAACUUGAGCAAUAAAUUUUACUGUGGCAA